AUGCCGUUGAUUUCGGAGACAACAAGUGCGAUUAAGAGUCGGUUUAGUUCCCAAGACCAUGCUUCCGAUUCGAUACGGUCUGUACACAGCUCUCCCGAUCUUCUGAAAACCGGCUCGAAAGAGAAUCCUUUGCAGUCUUCGGCUCUUCGGGGUAUGGACGAGAGGGAUGAUGAUGUAGGAAGGCUGAAGCAGAGUUUCGAGCUCUGUGAAGACCCUUCUUUCUGGAGGGAUCACAAUGUUCAGGUUAUUAUAAGAAUACGCCCAUUAAGUCCUUUUGAGAUAUCUCUGCAAGGAAACAGUAGAUGUGUUACACAAGAUAGCUGCCAGACACUUACUUGGACAGGGCAUCCAGAAUCACGUUUUACCUUUGAUCUUGUUGCAGAUGAAAAUGUCAGCCAGGAGAUGCUAUUCAAAGUGGCUGGGGUGCCAAUGGUGGAAAACUGCAUGGGAGGCUACAAUAGUUGCAUGUUUGCCUAUGGUCAAACUGGAAGUGGAAAGACUCACACAAUGCUUGGAGACAUUGAAAGUGGCACUCGAAGACACAGUGUCAAUUGUGGGAUGACACCUAGAGUCUUCGAAUACUUGUUUUCAAGUAUUCAGAAGGAAAAGGAGGCUCGUAGGGAGGAAAAAAUAAGAUUCAUUUGUAAAUGCUCUUUUUUAGAAAUUUACAAUGAACAAAUUCUUGAUCUCUUGGAUCCCUCUUCCACCAAUUUACAGAUGAGAGAAGACACUAAGAAAGGGGUUUAUGUAGAGAAUCUCACUGAGGUAGAGGUUACGAGUGCUCGAGAUGUGAUUCAACAACUUGUUCAGGGCGCGACCAAUAGAAAGGUAGCUGCAACUAACAUGAAUCGUGCUAGCAGUCGUUCUCAUAGUGUGUUCACAUGCAUCAUAGAAAGUAAGUGGGAGACACAAGGUGUGACUCAUCAUCGGUUUGCUCGGCUUAAUCUUGUGGACCUAGCAGGCUCUGAAAGGCAGAAGAGUUCUGGUGCCGAAGGUGAACGCCUAAAGGAAGCUACGAACAUCAACAAGUCUCUUUCGACAUUGGGACUGGUGAUUAUGAAUCUUGUGAGUGUGUCUAAUGGGAAAUCACUUCAUAUUCCUUACCGGGAUUCAAAGCUGACAUUUUUGCUUCAGCGUAUGUCUGCUCUUAUGCAAGUAGUUUGUUACUGGGAGGACUCAUUGGGAGGGAAUGCAAAAACAAUUAUCAUUGCAAAUAUUAGUCCCUCUAGUUGCUGUUCACUGGAGACUUUGAGCACACUGAAGUUUGCCCAACGUGCUAAAUUCAUUAAAAAUCAUGCUAUUGUGAAUGAAGAUGCCUCUGGAGAUGUCCUUGCAAUGAGGAUACAGAUUCAACAACUCAAGAAAGAAAUAUCUCGUCUGCAGAAUGUAGUCAAUGGAGGAGCUGAAAACCAUGAAAGUGACGCAUGGACAGUAUCUUUUCCAGGAUCUCCGGGAUCCUUUAAAUGGGAAGGUCAUGGGUCAUUCAGUCCUCUUACAUCUAAUAAAAGGAUGUCACAUAAGAAAGAAUAUGAAGUUGCACUUGUUGGAGCUUUUAGAAGGGAGGAAGAUAAAAACAUUGCCUUGCAGGCAUUAGCUGCUGAAACUCAGGCAGCCAUGCAGCUGGCCAAACAAAGAGAAGAUGAGAUACAAGGCUUAAAAAUGAGGUUGAGGUUCCGAGAAGCUGGUAUAAAGAGGCUAGAAGCAAUUGCUUCUGGAAAGAUCUCUGCUGAGACACACUUGUUAAAAGAAAAGGAGGAACACUUGAAGGAAAUAGAGGUCCUACGCACUCAGGUAGAUCGAAACCAGGAAGUAACAAGAUUUGCGAUGGAAAAUCUGCGUCUAAAAGAAGAGAUCCGAAGGUUGAAAACAUUUACUGAGGAAGGCGAACGGGAAAGAAUGAAUGAACAGAUUGCUAUAUUACAAAAUAAGUUGCUCGAAGCUCUUGAUUGGAAACUAAUGCAUGAGCCAGAUCCCUUGGUUGUUCAGAAAGGAGGUUCUGAGGUGGCAAUGGGUAUUCAGAGUGAUGGCCUAUUGAUUUCAAGUCAGGAGCCAGCAUCACCUUGGCGUACUUCAAUUAAUGAGGAGAAUGAGUUCCUCCGUAUGCAGGCCAUUCAAAACCAAUCAGAACUUGAUGCACUUCGCAAGAAACUCAAUCUCUGCAUUGAUGAGAAAGAUAAACUGGAAAGGCAUGUUAAAAACUUGGAAACAAAGCUAGAAGCAGAGAGAUCCUCCAAAGUGGCCAUGAAGGAAGAAACACAAAAGUUGCAAAUCGACCUUCCUUCUCUAACAACUGAUCAGAUGCCCAAUAUUGCUCUUAAUGAUCAGACUGAGCUUAAAACUAUGGUUGAUGCAAUAGCUGCUGCAAGCCAAAGAGAAGCACAAGCUCAUGAAACAGCAAUUGUCUUGUCAAAAGAAAACGAUGAACUCAGGAUGAAGCUUAAGGUGUUGGUUGAGGAUAACAAUAAAUUAAUUGAACUAUAUGAGCGAGCUGCAGAAGAGAAUAAUAAAAACUGUAAUAGGGCUCAGAGUUCUCAAGAAAACAAAGCGGAGGAUGAGUACAAUGACUUGACUGAAUUGGCUGUGGGGAGGGAGUCCGAGAUGAAAAAGGAAGUUGAGAACUUAGAGCAUCAGCUUAUGGAAAUGCAUGAAGAGAAUGAGAAAUUAAUGAGUCUGUACGAGAAAGCCAUGCAAGAGAGGGAUGAAUUUAAGAAGAUUCUUGCUUCUGGUGGACAGAGGAUUGUUGAAAAUAAAGGAGGAUUUGAUUGUGCAGAAAAGCUUGUUGAAGUUGAUGGAGAGGAGCGUCACAAAUCUGAUGAAUCUUCUGCAUUUGGACCACUUGUGCUCAGUGAAAGGGAAGAUCUUCAGUUAGAGAAUCUAGCUGAACAUGGUCAGUCAGAAAUCGCAUUGGAUGAAACUAAUUUAUUUGCAGCGAAUGUACAGACUGGGUACAUCCAAUGUUCUGGAAAGUCAGAAAUAAAUGAUUAUCUUGAGUUACAAGAGUCUCCUAGCAGUUUGGAACCAAAAAAAUUUAUAGAGAGUGGUUACUCAGACUUCAAUGUGCAAGAUAGAGCUGAAAGCAGUGAGACAGGAAAACUCACAGUAGUUGAUAAAGGUUACAUGAUGGAGGAAACUUGUUUCCCUGGAUUGAAUGAACGGGAUGGGUCCAGCCAUUGUCCUGAGGAUCUUCAUAUUAAUGCUGGGGAUCAGAAUGGUGACAAUGAUCAGGGGAUGGAUGCAAAGUCAAUUGGUGUCGUUGGAGUAAAGCAGCCACAUGAUCUAAAAUUGGUCAGAAUGAAGCUUGACAAAGCACAAGAAAAGCUUCUAAGUUCUGCCCAAACUAUCAGUAUAUUUGGUUCACUCGAGAGGGCAAGCAUUGAGGUUGAUAAACUUUCAAUAGAAAUGGAAGCAUUAGAAACUGGUAUGCAGUUGAUGCAGCAGGAGUGUGCAUCGUCCCAGUUCCUUUCUUCUGAGAUGCAAGAAAGAAGGGAUGUGAUGGAUAAAAAGUUAAGGGCACUGAAAUACUCAUUAUCCAACUUUUCUUCAUCAAUUGGUUACUUUGAACAGCGUGAAGCUCAAGCAAGGGCAAGGGUAGAUGCUUCAUCAGCUUAUUUAAACCGAAAGAAAGAGGAACUGACCUCUCUUCAAACACGUAAAUAUGAAAUUGAGGUUGCUCAGAUGAAAAUUCAACAAACUCAGGUUGAAUUAAAACGCAACCUCGUGGACUGGAUAUCCAGAAUAGAAGAAGAAAACCGAAGACAAGAGAAUGAAAGGGUUCUCUUUGCCAUAGAUAAUGUUGAGAAAACAGAUAUUCACCCUGCACAAAAGAACUGGCCUUUGAGUGGUAAAGCUACCGAGUUACUAAAGUCUGAGGAAGAGAAAACAAAGCUACAAACAGAAGUGAAGCAAGCUCAAGAAAAGCUUGUGGUCUUUAGAAGGGAAGUUGAAGAUUUAGACAGGAAACUUGGGAAGGUGGAUAGGGAAAUUCAAGUUGUUCAAAUGGAGAUACAGAAAGGUUUGAAAUCUGUGGAGGAGAUGGAACACAGGCUUGGUAGUGUCAUCCAAGAGAGAGAUAUGGUAUUGGAAAUGAAAGAGAAUGGAAGGAAUGAAGUUGAAAAUAUGAUUCUGGAGUACCACCAAGGUGUAUUUGAAGCAGCAUUGAAAGAGGAAGAGAUGAAGAUCUUGGAGGAAGAAUUAGAUAUGGAGCUGAGAAGAAUAGAAGAGUUGCAAACUGCAAAAGCUAUAGCGUCUAGGAGAAAGACCCAGCUAUUGGAGGAAUUUACAUGCCAAUCAUGCUUUGUAUCUGACAAGAUGGAGGAGGAGCUCCAGAUUAUACAGAUGUCGAUUAUGGAGUUGAAGUCAUUAUAUGGACAGGAUGGUCCAAAUGACAGUUAACCCUUCUUUUAAAUGAUGUUUUAAUGUACUUCAUUCUGACAAACAGUCCUUUUUUAUUGUUAAUAGCUAAUGAAAUCUGAGUUUUGUUGUUUUUUCUUUGCAUGGACUGAUGGUAUGCUGUUUAAAACAAAGAAAACGAUUAGAAGAAACUCGAUGCGAAUAGGAACAAAUGUUU